UAAUUUUCUCCCGUCUCCUCUACUCUCGUCUUGGUCAGCUUGAAGGUGCGACGGCGACAGGGACGGCGACAGCGGCAGGGACGGCGACGGCGACAAGGACGGCGACCGAUUGAGGGAUGGCGACAAGGACGGCGACGGUGCCAGAUCAGUUCAGCAGAAGCUGAAGGUCCAGUGCGAGCUCGAAGGCAGGGUGAACGGCUCCGCCUUCCCCACGGUGAAAAGGGCUCCGCGCUUCCUCUUCUCUCAAGCCAGCGCCACCUCCGGCGAGAAUUGUCCAGAGCUCGUUUGGAGCUCGAAGAAGACGUUGAAGCCGCUCAAGAACAACGCGGCGGAGGUCAAAGAAGGCGGUGGUGGCGGCCAUGGACAAGCGAAGGAGCGGCGGGUCAGGAAGCCGGAAAAUCCCACCUUGCGGCAAGGUACCGGGGACCAUCAAGCCCCAAGUCAAUGAGGACGACGCCUCGAUGCUCAUCGGAAGCAUCGUCGAGAAGGGCAUCUCUGAUGUCCCCGCGACCAAGACCCUCGCCGCCGCCCCGACCCCUCCUCCGAGGGCCACCGUCCUCCCCUUCCCGGUCGCGCGGCACCGUUCUCACGGUCCCCAUUGGGGUCCAGUUAGCACGAGAUGGGACGAAGAUCAUGACAGUGAUGAUCAUGAGGAGGAUGCUCAGGAAGAUAGGAAGCUUGCUGCUUCUGCGCGGAUCGCAGCUCUUGCUAGACCAGUGCAAAGAAAGGAGAAGAGGGAAUUGAACUUACAAUAUUGGAGGGAGCUUGUUGCCGGAAAUGAUCUCUCUUUUGGUGGUAAAAAUACAAAACAUGGAUCCGCAGGGGCUGAAGUGCGAGGUAGAGAGGUGAUCAAAAGUGAAGAUAAGCCGAACCUCGCAGAUGAUACAUCUUUAAGUGGUGCAGUUCCUAUGGAAGUAGAUGCAAAAACACAAUCAAAAUUUGAGCCCGUGUAUGAAACAUAUGAGGGUAUCACAGAUGGUAAGACUUCUGCAUUGAUUGGUUUGCAAAGCUAUACAGGUAAAGGUGCUCAAGUUCAGGGAUGUUCCCUUGACGGUGACAAGAGUGCUGAGGCUGCUAAUUUACUUGGAGAUUUGGGGUCUAUGCAUACUAGCAGUAGAACUGGUUCGGUGAAAGUUUCAACCAAUGAAUCUGUAAGAAUGCUGGACGAGGCAAAAGAGUUAAGUUCCUCGUUUCUCGAUCAUUCUAGAGAGCAGGAAAAUCAAUUGUCAAGCUCGCCUACAACCUCCUUGUUUGGAUCAAGUGUCAGUGAUGAUGGGCAUAGCCAUUCUUCUCUUGAGAGUCAAAUUGAUGCGGAGAACCGUUCCCGAUUACAGAGUAUGUCUCCUGAUGAAAUUGCCGAAGCUCGGGCUGAGAUUAUGAAGAAGAUGGACCCUUCAUUGCUCAAGUUGCUAGAAAGAAGGGGUCAAGAGAAAUUCAAGAAGCAAAAUUUGUCAGGCUCUCAGAUAGCUAUGGAUGGAACACUGGGUAGUCCAUUAAGUGGGGCUCAGUCUCUUCAGAAGGCAGAACCACGGAAUACGAGGGAUGGAGUAUCUAAUUUGGUAUCAUCGGAGACUGUAAAAGAUAACCAAAGUCAGCAGGAUCAUGCUGGUAUCCAGCAUGUUGGACCAAGAGAUGGCAGUUUGUGGAGUGCUUGGACUCAUAGGGUUGAGACUGUACGAGAAUUACGAUUUUCAUUAGAGGGAAAUGUCAUUCAAAGUGAAAUUGACCCAGUUGUGGGGACUGGUCAGAACAGGCAGAAUGCUGAUAAUGUUGCCGAGCGAGACUUCUUGAGGACUGAAGGUGACCCUGGUGCUGCGGGUUAUACUAUCAAAGAAGCGGUGGCACUUACAAGAAGUGUGGUUCCGGGACAACGGGCCCUUGCACUUCAUCUUCUCGCUUCCGUACUUGACAAGGCAAUGCACAACAUUUGCCGGGAUCAAGUUGAUCUUGUUGCUGGAUAUUCUAAUGUUGAUAAGGAUUCAGUGGAUUGGGAGGCUGUCUGGGCAUUUGCACUCGGCCCAGAACCUGAACUUGUCUUAACAUUGAGGAUGUGUCUUGAUGACAACCACAAUUCUGUAGUUUUAGCAUGUGCGAGAGUUGUUGAGUGCAUACUCAGCUCUGAUUUAAACGAGAACUUCUUUGACAAAUUGGAGAGAAUGAGUAUGCACGGAAAGUAUCUCUACACUGCCCCAGUGUUUAGGAGUAAACCAGAAAUUAAUGGCGGUUUGCUUCAUGGUGGGUUUUGGAAGUACAGUGCUAAAUCCUCUAACGUUCUUCCUACGGAAGAAACAGCUGAUGAUGAAUCUGAAGGGAAGCGCACUAUUCAGGACGAUAUUGUGGUUGCUGGUCAAGAUUUUAUUGCAGGUUUAGUCAGGAUGGGAAUUCUGCCAAGAAUUCGUUAUAUCUUGGAGACGGAUCUGACCGAAGCUCUGGAAGAACGGAUGAUCUCUAUUCUAAUUGCAAUAGCAAGACAUUCACCGACUGCUUCAUGUGUUAUCAUGGACUGUCCAAGGCUCAUCCAAAUAGUUGUCCACAGAUUUUCCAUGAAAAGCAGUAUGGAAAUUCAGCCUUCCAAGAUAAAAUCUGUUACACUCUUAAGGGUACUAGCACAAUCUAAUAGGAAGUAUUGCAUCGAGCUUAUAAGGAGCGGAACAGUGCAUGCCAUGAUAUGGCAGUUGUAUCAACCUGCUUAUUCGCUUGACCAAUGGACUAAACUGGGAAAAGAGCGCUGCAGACUUUCCUCGUCUCUGAUGAUUGAACAAUUGCGGUUGUGGAGGACUUGCAUAGAGUAUGGAUAUUGUGUCUCACUCUUCUCAGAUAUCUUUCAUUCCUUGUGCUUGUGGUUGAAUCCACCUUCCAUGGAAAAACUGCCGGAGAAUAAUAUCAUGAGAGAACUUUUUUCAAUAUCCAUUGAGGCAUACCUUGUUCUGGCAGCUUUAGCUUGUAGACUUCCAAAGUUUCAUUCACAGAAACAUACAGGCAAUCAAAAUACAAAGUGUGCUGGUGAUGGUACUGAAUCAUGGUCUUGGAGUUAUGUUAUCCCAAUGGUUGAUCAUGGAAUAAAGUGGAUAGAAUGGAUGAAUGAUUCUUGCAUCUCUUGGUUCUUUGAGUCGCAAAGUGGAAAGAAAAAUGACCUGAGAACUCAAUCUCUGAUGUCCUUAUUGUGGGUUUAUUCUUCGGUCAUGCACAUGCUAUCAGUUGUUCUUGAAAGAGUGGGGCCAGACAAUGCAAUAAAUAGCUCUGAUGAUGGCAAGUCACUGCCUUGGCUUCCCGAAUUUGUACCAAAAAUUGGUUUAGAGAUUAUUCGGCAAGGAUUCUUUAGCUCUUUGAAUGGCAGCAUAGAUAAUGGAAUAGAUUCUGCAAGAGUUGGAUCGUUCAUUGAAAAGUUGUCUCAUUUGAGACUUAAAAGCGAAAGUGGAACCUCUUUGGCUUCUGUGUGCUGUCUCCAUGGAUUUGUGCAGUUGAUGGUUGAAAUUGAUCGCUUGAUUCAGUUAGCCAAGGCUGGAAUGUCUAGUCCUCCAACAAAAGGACUUUCCAUCUCAGCAGAAGAGAAAAUUCUCGAGGAUGGUUUGCUCAAGGGUUCUGUUCUUGAUCUACAGAAAGUGCUUGACGUCCUUUUAAAUGUAAUUGCUUCUGAAUGGCACUCAAUCCAGUCCAUAGAGACGUUUGGAAGAGGAGGUCCUGCUCCAGGAGUUGGGGUCGGAUGGGGUGCUUCUCGUGGAGGAUAUUGGUCAACACGUGUCCUUUUGGCACAAAAAGAUGCAGGUCUUCUUGUGUACUUGCUUGGAACUGUUCCAGUGGUGUCGGUUGAGCAUAUAGCCUUCAGUGAGGGCCAAGCCAUUGUUUUGCAUAGAGUUAAUGGUGCCUUAGGAGCUUGUUUGACUGCUGGCCCAAGGGAUAGGGUUGUUGUGGAGAAGGCAUUUGACUUUCUGUUUCAAGUCCCUGUUCUAAAGUGCUUGAAUAUAUGUAUUCAGCACUUUUUUUCUCUUAGCAGGAGAUCUCUGACAUGGGAGUAUAGUGAAGAGGACCUACAUCAUAUUAGCAAAUUAUUGUCUUCCCAUUUCAGAAAGAGAUGGUUGUGUGCAAAGAAAAAGGCAAGUUCCAUAGAAGGCAGCGAGAGUACCAUGCAUAAAGCAAAUCAAAAUAGUAGUUUUUCUCUUGAAACCAUUCAUGAGGAUAUGGACAUGUCAGAUGAGAAAGAGGAACAUCCUCCUUGUGAUAAUCUGACUAUGGAGUGGGCUUACCAGAGACUGCCACUUCCCAUGCAUUGGUUCAUCAGCCCAAUCAGUUCAUUAGGGGAUGGCUUGCACAGUACAGAUCAGAAAGUUUCUGGUGUCAUUAAUCUUGUUCAGGAUCAUGAUGAUCUAUCUGAAGUUGCUAAAGCUGGAAUGUUCUUUCUAUUAGGCGUGGAGGCAAUGUCUCAUUUGGGAUGCACAGAUAUCACUUCACCUGCUCAACAUGUGUCACUAGUUUGGAAAUUUCACUCCUUGUCCAUGAUCUUACUUGUUGGAUUGUCUGUGAUUGAAGAGCAGAGAAGUAGAGAUGUUUAUGAAGUUUUACAAGAACUCUUUGGACAGCUUCUUGAUCAAGAAAUUAUAAGUAGAAGCACUAGACAUACUCUGAAAGAUGAGCCUGAAAUGGGUAGCGCAAAUAAAUGGGGAUUGUUAAAAUAUGGAUCAGAAAUUCAUGAUAGUUACUCAACAUUUAUUGAAGCUUUUGUCGAGCAGUUUGCUGCAAUAUCCUAUGGUGAUCUGCUGUAUGGUCGUCAAGUUGCGCUGUACCUCCACCGUCAUGUGGAAGUUUCUGUAAGACUUGCUGCAUGGAAUGCACUGUCUAAUGCUCGGGUUCUGGAUCUUCUGCCUCCUUUAGAUAAGUGCCUAGCCACUGCUGAAGGUUAUCUCGAACCUCCUGAGGAUGAUGAACACAUCUUAGAAGCAUAUGUGAAGUCAUGGGUUUCUGGAGCACUUGAAAGAGCCGCUGCUAGAGGAUCACUAGCAUUAACGCUUGUCCUGCACCAUAUCUCCUCUUUCAUUUUCCUUGAUCAUGCAAAAGAUUGUGUUUUGCUACGAAAUAAGUUAGUGAAGCCCUUGUUGCGGUAUUGCUUCCGGAAGCAACAACAUGAGGGAAUGAUGAUGGAUCUCAUCCAAUACAAGAAGUCAUCCCCAUCCAAAAUGACUGCACAAGAGGAGGGUGCAUCGCAAGCGAGCACUGUCCAUGGAAGGCUUGAAGUACUUAAAGAGGCUUGUGAAGGAAAUGCCUCUCUCUUGGCUGGAGUGGAAAAGCUAAGUUCCAAGUUUCAACUACUCCAGAGGUGACUUGACCUGAUUAUACCCUCUGCAUCACGUGCAAACACAAUCCAUGGGGCUCGACGUACCCAAAGAGGCUUGUGAGGGAAAUGAGUCUCUCUCGGCAGAAGUGGAAAAGCUAAGUCCCAAGUUUUGUCAACUCCGGAGUUGACUUGGCCUAAUUAUACUCUGUACAGUGUAGGUAUAUGUUUUUGCACUCCUUUUAAGUUUUCAGAGUUGGAACAGUGAGGAACAAGAAAAGCUUUUUGUGGUCCCUGUAAUUUUUGGUCAGAUGGGAAUGUGAAAAAUGCUAAUGCUAAUUGAAAGUCUUUUUCUUUUUCCUUUUUACCACUUUGAGAAAAGUUCACUGCUUUCUUAGUUUUUGGAUGUGAAAAAUGCUACUGGUAAAUGAAAGUUUUUUUCCUUUUCCUUUU